AGCCGCGUUCGAAUUCGCGCACUGGCUCAUGUAGAAAAUGGCGGCUAAGAGCAAAACGUGUUUUGGCAUUUCUUUCGGCAAUACAAACCUCUGUAUUGCUGUACACAAGGAUGGGAAAGCUGACGUUGUGGCAAACGACUCCGGAGAGCGUACAACACCGGCAGCUGUGAAUUUUUCCCAGCAUGAGAUCUGUGUUGGCUUACAUGCAAAAAAUCGUCUUUUGAGUCUGCCUAAUGCUACCGUACCAAGCGUGAAGCGUCUGCUGGGUAGCGAUGAUGCUUCGAAAUGGACGAAUUCGGUAAUCAGUUGCGAUUCUGUCGAGGGUCAGGGCACACUUUCAUUCACCGUUAGCUAUGAGAACAAUAAUGGACAGACCUGCGAAAAGAAGGUUACCACCGAACAACUGUUAACCCAUCAAUUGAACAAGUUACACGAAACUGCCCUCAACCAACGACAGGAUGAAAUCUAUCCAUGUGUCAUUACUGUACCAUUCUACUUUACCGUAAAGCAAAGAGAGUUAGUUUUAGGGUGCGCAAAGGAAGCAGGCUUUCAUGUUCUAAGGGUGAUUAACGAGCCGACCGCCGCUGCACUGGCUUAUGUUCAUAAGGCCGAAGCAUCGACCACGUCAAAGACAAUUCUCGUCUAUCGGCUUGGUGGCGAAUCUAGCGAUGUCACUGUGCUUCAACUGCUUCGUGGUCAGAUGUCCGUUAUAGCUUCAGAUCACAAUUCUUCCUUGGGCGGAAAUCUCUGGACGACUGGUUGUGCAAAAUAUGCUGCCCAAGAAUUUAAACGGAAGACACGGAUCUCGUGGGAUGAUCUAUCGAAACGCUCAAGGGGAAAAGUGUUGGCGGCAGCCGAGAGGGCCAAGCACGUACUUAGCACAAUGGAGAGUUGCAACUGCAGUGUCGAAUCAGUGCACGAAGGCCUUGACCUUAAUGUAGCGUUGACUCGAGCACGAUUUGAGAUGGCUACUCAGGGCCAUCUUUUACGUGUCAAAGAGGACAUCUUCGACCUGCUCGAGAAGGUCGGAGUUCACAAAGAUCAAAUACACAUGAUCGUCUUGAGUGGUGGUGGAUGCAGGAUGGUCUCUAUUCAGAAGAUGAUCUCCGCCGAAUUUUCGAAAGCCGAGCUCUGCAACGGGAUUCCGCCAGACGAGGUUAUUGCCGUUGGAGCAGCCUGGCAAGCUGAGGUUUUGCUGUCUAGAGGCGCGGCAGGUGCCGAGGAAGACUCUAAACAUCUCCAACCUACUGUCGAAUUACCUGCGCUUUCGAAAGAGAUCGCUCUCAAGCUAAAAGACGGCUCCACAGAAGCUAUUCUACCGAAAGGCAGCGCUGUUCCAUGUCGCUUCGAGGCUCCAAUAACGCUUGCGGAAGACAAAUCUUCGGUACAGGUGCUCCUUUUACAGGGCGGUGAACCCUUGGCGAAACUCGUGAUGAAAGAUCUCGAUGAAAAUAGUAAUCUGACACUCACCGUUGAGGUGUCAGAAGAACGGACUCUGCAUUGCCAAUGUUUGGACAAGACGAGCAACCGCGUAGAGAGCGUCGUGGUUACCUAAGUUCCAGUAUUCAUUACGUGAUAAGAAAAAUCGAUCUGAAACCGGCAGUUUAUAGAUCACCUAUACGCUACGGAAAGUAAUGGUCUAUUAACAGUAUACGCGUCUGAAAGGCCGCAGAAAGGAUAACCAUUUUAACGGCGCCGAGGACUCAAAUUUCUCAUGAGAGCUAUAAAGCAAUGAAU